AUGGCCAACAACUCUGCCCCCGGCGAUGGGAUCACCGGCGGCUAUACGGGCCAGUCGCUGGGCAUCCAGAUCGCCAUCGCUACUCUCGCCGGAAUUACAUGGUAUAACGCCUUCGAACUGGUCACCCUUAUCUUUGUCACUUUCGCCCAGUAUCGUGGUCUCUACUUCUGGAGUUUACUCAUCUCGUCCGCCGUCGGGCUGAUCCCAUAUUCGCUCGGCUUCCUACUCAAGUUCUUUAAUCUCACCUCCGUCACUUGGCUGCCGGUCACCUUCCUGACCAUUGGUUGGUGGGCAAUGGUGACCGGCCAGUCAUUCGUCCUGUAUUCCCGUCUACACUUGGUCCUCACAAAUCAGCGUACCCUCCAUCGCGUGCUCCUCAUGAUCCUCAUCAACGCGGUCCUACUGCACAUCCCAACCACCGUCCUAACAUACGGCACGAACCUUACGCCGGCGGGUGCGACCUUGAACAGCUACAAAACCGCUUAUAAUGUGAUCGAAAAGAUUCAAAUGACGGGAUUCUGUCUCCAGGAAUUCAUCAUUUCGGGUAUUUAUAUCUGGGAAACUGUGCGCAUGAUUCGCCUCGACAUGGAUCAAGGCAAGCGCAAGAUUCAGUACCAGCUGCUGAUCAUCAACAUGAUCAUUAUCAUCAUGGACCUGGGUUUGCUCGUCGCCGAAUACCGGAAUUAUUAUAUCAUGGAGACCAUGCUCAAGGGUGCGGUCUACAGCAUCAAGCUGAAACUCGAAUUCGCCGUCCUCGGUAAACUCAUCCACCUGGUCCAAAACCACGUCUGGAAACCCGAAUCCUUCCCCAGUCCCCGCGAUCUCCCCGAUUUCGUCGAUGCCACCCGUGUUACCUCCGACCUUACCCACGCCGCGCCGGUACACUCCAAGCCAAUUCGCACCUGGAUGGAUGAUGAUAUUUCCAUCGCCAUGUUUGAACAUUCACCCCCCGAGGAUCCGCAGACCGGCUCCUCGGAUACCUCCAACUCAUGGAGCAGUGAUACUCGCAUCAACCAGGGAGGACACCAUGCCAUCGAUUUCUCCGGCCAAUAUCAACACAAAUCCGCUAAGCUGUCCGAGAAACCUGAGAAGCCUGGGUGA